UCGAUAUUUAAAUUCCACGAAUCCAUAUCUGGACUCUACUUCGCCCACAGUAUGCAUGCGAUCUGCGACUAUUAUAGUUCAUUGGCUCGAAAUUUUGUUAGAUAAAUGUGAAAAUUUUUUCGCGCUUGCUGUAUCCGGGUCAUUUGCAAUUAGACCAGCUAUGCGUGUUUUCUCUUGGCACGCGAAAUACGAUAUGAAAAGAAUUGAAACAGAAAAUGGAUAUCAAAUCAUGAAAUCUGAAAAUUGCAAAAAAGCGGAAGAAAUGGACUUGCGUCUUAGAGCAAUUGAACCUCGAAUUUCGAAAAUUUCUCGGGGAUAUGAUAGGGGAAGGGUUCAAGAGGAUAACCACGAAGAAUGUAGUCUUACUGAGUGGUUAGGAAUACCUACACACCCACGUAAUAGAUUAAAAGAUGCUGUGAUGAAGGCUAGAGAAUGGGAGGUUUUUGUUGCAGACGAUGAUAGCUCGCUGAGAAAAAAAUAUGGUUGGAUAGCUAGGAAGCAAUCAGAGCCUGAUGACCUCAAUUUCACGUUUAAAACUGAUAAAGACAUACAGUUUUCUGCUUUUCAACAACGGACACAACCACCAGAAAAAAUUUUUCUAAAGAUGGAACCUGAUGAUUUAAAUGAAUCGGAACAAAUUUCUCAAAGUCGAGAGCAACCUUUUAAUUCAUUUCUUGAUUAUUAUUAA